AGGAGAGGGGGAUCACGAUUUUCGUGACGUCACCGUGGAGCAGUUUUAAAAUAAAUAGCAGACGAUUAGCUGCAUUAGACACCAUAUCCUUGCUCAAUAUCUCACCGUGAACUGAAACCAACCCUCAAAAUCUACAAUGGCCGCUAAAAUGACCUGUGUUGUCGCCCUUGCCCUACUCGCACUUGUGUGCAUCGUGCAAGCCGCCCCCAAGGGAGGAGCAGGCGCACCUACUGGGGUACCACCAAGUGGAGCACCCCAUGGCGAUGGGAAAAGACCAACAGGUCAACCACCAGCUGAUGGUAGCAGACCAACUGGAGCCCCACAUGCUGAUGACAAGAAACCAACUGGACAACCACCAGCUGAUGCUAAAAAACCAACUGGAGCCCCACCAGCUGGCCAAAAGCCAAAGUCUCAUUAAAUACGACGAAUGGCCAUGAUCAAGCUAGUUAUUUGAAACAU